GAGAUUUGGGUACAUUUUACCUGAGAAGUCGGGAAAAGAAUCAUCACCCAGCAUUUCAACGCAUGCUGGGGUUUUUUGCGGAGGUAUAAGUAAAUUUGGCAUGCGUGGUUAAACCAGGCUCAGUGUUCACAAAUUAUGCGAAUUUAAACGGAACAGUUUUACUGCGAUGUGCUGCAGCCAUCGUUAGCAACAGACUCACACUACAACCACUACUGCACUUUGUGGGCUUUACGUUGUUAGCAAGCACCCCGGCUAGCUAACAGUGGCUGGGAACAAAUGAAACCGUAUCUGGUGAAAGCUACUCCGGGGCCCGAGUCGAGCACUCGCCUUCAGCAGUAAGUUAAAGUUAGCAGAAAGCUAACUUCUUCUCCCGGUGAAAACCCAACACCGGCUCUGGGCUGCAGGAUUCUGGCUUCGGUCGGGGUCCUAGCAGAUGGAGGAGAAAACAGCUGCAGUGAUCCUGUCGGCUAAUUCAGAACAUUCAGCUACCAUGCCUUCUGUUUGACUGCUUUUGUGAACCUAGCAGCCAUGGCUUCUCGUGAGGUAGCUAAGCUACCAAGUGACAGCAAGGAUUUGGCUUCCGUCUCUGCAGAGAUGUCCCAAUGUGGCCCCGAUGACAUCAUGGAAGAGCCUCAGCUGGACACUAUGAAUACUACGGUGAAAUCUCAAAAAUCUGGGAAAUUUAGGAGAACUGCCCUGACAUUUUUCGGAGUUCGUAAAAAUAUCUGUAUUUUACCUAAUUUCUUUGGAGGAAGGAGUAAAAAUCUGAGCAAGUGGUCUUCUAAGAAAGCAAUCAAUAAAAGCAGAACACAUGAUGGGCUGAGUAAUCUUAGUCAUGAUGACAAUCUGAGAAGUGGGUACAACUCAGCUGGAGAUUUAGUGUGCCACGACCCAAGAGGCUCUGCUGGAGAGCUCCACAGUAGUUGUCACAAUGAAUGUAGUCACCUGGGUGCUGACCAGAAAUCACUCACCCGUCAGAAAAGGGGUUUCAGGAGUCUUUUUCAAAGUUUUAGGUAUCACAGAAACCACAGAAAUGCUGGAUCGGAUAAACCUGAAAUGAUUGCUAUGUCCUCUCCUCGCUGCAAAAAAAAGGUGCCUGUUGUCCAGGACAACACCAAGCAGUAUGUCACUGAGUGCCUGGAGUCUGAACCUGAUGUGCCUGAUUUUGCAGAUGUUUCAUGUGACCUGUCCAUUGGCGCUGAAUGUGUUGAUGCUGUUGAGAUGUCUUCACAGAAGGGUGUGGAGCAAGACAGCCCCAAAUCCGAGCUUGGUGCUGAGACAUGUGAUAAUGAAAUGGAGGAAAUGAGUUUGAUGGCCGUAGUUUUCAGUGAAUUGAAGGAAAGUUCACGAGGACACAGCGAGCCAUGUCUGAAACUCGAGACGAUGUCCGAGUCGUUGCUGAAGUCUGAAACACCUACCGGCUCAUCAGAUCAGCUAAACAUGAUUUAUGGAGACGUGGCAUCAUUAAAAAGCUUUGAUUCUCUCACUGGCUGUGGGGACAUUAUCGCAGACCAAGAAGACGACAGCAUCACAGAGAGCACCGUGUCUGGAGAGAGGAGCAGAAGUGGAGGAAAGCGGGCCUCUUGCUAUCUUACUUAUCAGGGUGGCGGCGAAGAAAUGGCCUCACCUGAAGAUUUGGAUGGAGAGUGUCUUCAGGAUUUCUGGGGAAAUACUGCGUCAGAAGAAAUGUGCUAUACUUGCAACCAAGAUAUCACAGAUUUGACUGCUGACCUGACAAGUUCUCACAAUAUGGACUUACUGAACAGUAACAGUGCACAGCAAGCCAGUGGCAUGGACGCUUCUUCCAUGGCUGAUGUGUUGACUCCUCAAAGCGAGCAUCAGGAAUCAGUACCAACUAGUGAUGAGGGCUACUAUGAUUCAACUACCCCCGGGCCAGAUGACAGACAGGAGAGCUCUGACAGACUGAGGGGAGAGAGAUUACCCAGGGACAGUUACAGCGGUGAUGCCCUUUAUGAACUUUUUGCACCUGAUGAGAGUCUCAUCAGUCCACAUUAUGAAAACAAAUCAAAGCUGCCUGGUUCAAAACAAUAUUUAAGUGAGCCGGUUGAUGUGACAGAUUCUGCCUUUGUUCCAGACAUGAACCGAUUACAAAUAAGUGGCCAACUCUAUGAAGUUCACGGUUUUCCAGAAAGGCCGAGCACAUGCAGCAGAUCCUCGGAGUCGGCACAAAAGGCGAUGGGUCGGCAGGAAAUCGGCAGAAACAAAAACUGUAAUUUAGAUUCAGCCAAUAAGAAUAAUACAGAGCCCAAUGUGUUUGAGGACAAGGGAAAUAUGUCUCCUGCUUCCAGUGAAAAAAUAACAAAAUCUGUAAACGCUGAGCGUGAGAAACGGCACAGCAGCGUUUCAUUCGGCAGCACGUCCGACCCAGAUUUUGAAACAUUCUGUGAACCCAAAGAGCAGCAUCUUGAGGAAAACAAGCCUGUGGCUUUGCCGUAUAAAAACAUCAGUUCUCAAUCUGCGGUUUAUAUCAACGACUCAGAUGAUGGGCAAACUGUGUGUUUCUCUCAAGCACUUGUGGACUACACAAAGCACUCUCAGAUGCUGAGUAACUUGCACAACGAUGGGGACGAUUUGGAGACAAACUCUGCCUUCACUUCAAAUAUGCAGGCCUUACCUACCAUAGUCACAUUUGAUGUAGUGGAUAUGCACAAUGAGGGUGAAUAUGACGAGCAGAUCCACAUGGAACUGGAGGAGGACAUCUCAUCGCCCUAUCAGGAUUUUGAGGAGAGCUACCUACAAAAAGAUGCAUUUGCCGAAUGUGACUAUCAAAUGUUAGACAUGUAUGAACAGAACCUGAUCAGUAACACAUGGGCAAUUGCUAGUCUCCCAAGGCACCUUGGCCUUACAAGAGUCAGUCAGUCCAUGCCUAAUGCAUCGUCUCUGGACAGGAGAAGUAGGUCUCUGGACAGAGAGAGCCUUGACUUGAAGAUGCCUGACACAUACAGAGAGAACAGAGCUGCUAUCGUUGCUUCUCCUCAAAGUGAAACAGACUCCUCAACAUAUUACAAGAGGAAUGUACUUGUGUCUGCAUCCGAGGUUAUAGACAGAAGCAGCAUUAUGGCCUUAUCUUGGCAAACUAGAUCAGAAAUGGCUUUAAGCCUUCCUCUCACAGACGGGGGAUUCACUGAAAAAGUACAGAGUCUCAGUCAAACCCAAGUCAAACGCAAAAUAAUGUCGAGUUCAUCCAGCAGCGAAUCUCCCAGCAGUAAAACGCAACUUUGCUCUAAGGUGUCAGACAAAGUGUCCUGUGAUUUGAAUUCACAGAACAACAGGCAGCAGCACCUUCCGUCACAGGCAGACUCUUGUUUACCUCAUAGCACCUUUCUUUAUUCUGGAAUGAUGGAUGGUGAAUCAGACGAUGUAGAUGAGGAUGUUUUUUGUAAAGCUGCCACUCAUUUGCAUUCCUACAAUAAGUGUGGGAAAAGCAGACCAGUGGACGCAGCAUCUCAUACUGGGAGUCUUCUGAACACAGGGGGGCUUAAUGAUGAUAUGGCCGUCCUCAGUGAAACAAGAACACCCAGGGAUGUGGCCGGCAACAAACUCCCAGAGGCAACCUAUAAUUGACAUUGGCAUUGGGAUCACAUGUGUUUGUGCUAUUAAUGAGUGCUUUCAUGUUACAUCCAAAAGAUAAAUUGUUGCUUAAUUUUUUUACUUGCACAGUGGGUUUAUUUGACAGGACAUGAAUUGUAAAUGUUCUGCCUGUGCCAUCAUGCUGCAUUAAGUACAUGGCUGUCUCAUUGGGAAGUCAAAAGGGAUUUCCUGCAUUUGCACAGUAACAGUUGCUUGUUUCGCACAGGCCACGUACAUGUCCGUGUAUUGAAAGUGACUGAGCAAGUAAUUGUUUCUUUUUCAUUAAGAAUGCUCACAGAUUCAUCUCAUUAAGCUAUUGAAUAGAAUGUUCCCUGUAUGUAGCCUCAGUGUCUCAAUAGUAAUGCAACACUUUAUGUUAUUUAAUGGUUAUUAUCCUGGUUUCUUUAUCACAGCCCUGAAACACAUGUAUGCUUUAAGUGCCGGCUUAUGUUUACUGCUUUUUAACAGCCUCCUGUGAGCUUUAUGUUGAUUUGUCGAUCCACAAUAAGAAAAUAUGUCUCUUCUAAAUACCUCUAUGGGGGUAUAUAUGAAAUACAUUUAGCUUUUUUUGGCUUAAUCUUAAAACAUCUCACAGCUAGUUCUUCCCCUCCAACCCAGAAUGUGAUAAGCACGUAUUGGAGAUGUAAAGAUGAUCUGAUACUUCAUGAAUCUUAACUUCAGCUGCUCCUUCUUUUACAUACUCUAGAUAGCUUUACAAGGCAUAUCAACUUCUACUACUUCUAUUCUAAAUAUCACAUAUAGUUACCCGGUGUAUGAGAGUGCUUUACAUGACACUUUGAAGAAACAGCAAGAUAUAUAUAUAUAUACAAAAUGAUAGGGGGAAACAAAUCAAGGAAGACAAAUAAAACAAGUUUGACCUAAUAGUCUCACAUUUAAUGUGUUACUUGUGUCCUGAGAAGCCCCUUUUGGCCUUACUGUGAAUGCUGUUUUGUUUUCAUUUUCAACACCAGAAGGGUACAACUCUCACUGAACUGAUGCACUCACUUAUUGCAUUACUAUAAGAUUGUGGAAUGAAUUUUGGAUUUUCUUAGAAUUAUGAAAUGUCAACAGACAAACUUGUAUUUUCAUGUAUAAUUUUCUCGUGCAUUUGAUGUUUGAUCAGUCCAAGGUCAAACUUCCAGAUGUCGUUUUUUAUAGUGUAUUAAUGAAAACAUGUCAAAUAAUUUGUAUUUAUAUUCUCAAUUUGUACACUGUAACAUUGUAUUCUGACUGGUUAUUACAAAUUGGCAAUUUUCCUUUUAUUUGAGUUUUCUUUUGUUGUUUUGGAUUUCUUUUUUUAAAAUUAAGUUACACCCAUGUUACAUUAGGGGAUACCUCUUGAACUUCUGUUACUGUUUUGUCAGAAUAGAACACUGCCUUAUAUUAAAAUAAACAUGACUAGACAUA